AUAUAAUCAACUGCAAGAAGUAAAAGAAGACACGAGGAGAUCGACUGUAGAGAGAUAUAUGAUAGAUACAAAAAAACAAUAAGAUACAUAACGAAUUUCAUCAAUCAUGAUAUCGUGGAGCAGAUUUGCAGUAAUAUCAGCGAUUACACGGAAUCUGCGGGCUAUGCAGAGGAGUCGCUUUUACUCCAGUUCAGAGACUAAAGAGAUUCGUCUUGUCCAAACCUCAGUCCAGAAUAAGCGGUCUAUCGAAGAAAUAGCUGGGAUCACCGACAAAGAUUUAGAAAAUGACGAAGAACAGAACGUUUUAGCGCCAAAACUGGGCAAAAAUGUCGACUUUUCAGAUUAUGGUCCACCUUUAGGCAGGACACAAACGUUUGCUGCUUAUGUCAAUAGAUCUCCAACAUUGCAAAAAUUGGUGGAUCUUGGAGUUGAUCUUUCAGUGGUGGAGAAGAAAGAAGGAGUUCCUGAAAAACUUUUGCAGCUGGAUUUUGAUAAACACAUUACAAAGCAUAUUCUGUUUCUCACUGACGUGGGUGUUCCAGCAGGCGAUAUUGGACUACUUUUAACAAGAAACCCUGCUAUUUUAUUUGAAGACUUGGAAAUUUUGCAGCAAAGGAUUAAAUACUUACUGGAAACUUUGGGUUUUGAAUUUACGGACCUACAAAGAAUAAUAUGCGCCAAUCCAAAAUGGCUUUGUACCAGUAUCGAUGAUCUGAGGAAAAGGGUAGAUUUUUUCCAGCGAGAAUUCAAGUUGUCCUUGCCCUUAUUUCGGAAACUUACUUUGACGUAUCCGAGGCUCAUCACUUACAAAUUGCACUACAUAAGAGCGAAUACAUUUUCCAUCAUCGUCGAGAUGGGAUUCACCAGGUCCGAACUCGGAUCCAUGUUGAUGUUCAAACCACGCAUCUGGACGCUAGACAACAAAGACCUGGUGGAGCGCUUCAACUUCCUACACAAUAGCCUGAAAAUUCCGCACAGGCUAAUAGCCCAGCAACCGCAUUGCCUGCUCGCCCGCGUCAGCCAUCUUCGGCAGCGUCAUUUUUUCCUGCACAGCCUGGGCAAGGCGCAGUACGAUCCGGCGCUUCCAAAUUACGUUUCGCUUUUGGCCCUGGUAACAGGCAGCGGCGCCGAAUUUGCAUCAAACGUCGCUGGCACAUCGGCCGAGAGCUUCAGCAACUUCUUGAAGACUAUGUAGUAAAUAAAUGCGCGCCAGUGUCGGCUGUGCUCUCGGAAAGAAAACUUGGAAAUACACACACACCAUACUGUUUCCGCCGAGUGCCAGGCUGCGCGUAAUUGCCUCGUGUCCUUUUAUUGCCGGCCAGAAUUUGCAUGUUUAAUUGCCCAGCUUGCGAGUGCACUGCUAUACAUGCUGUUUCCAGCAAAAGUGAUCGCGUGAAAUUACCUUGGGAGUCGGAAAGCUUCUUUAAUUAUGGAAAAGAGUUGGAAUUGCACUGAGAUUCUGCUGUGUAAUUCUGUUAGGGAAAUUGCGAGGAAGGUAAUUUAUUCAAAAAAUCUCAAUUAAUGUGCGCCGGACUUAAAUGUUUUAUUACCCAUUAAAAUUGAAACAUAAAAUGAAAA